AUGGUCGAAUCCGUGCCUAAAGCAUUGUCUAGUAACAGGCUGCUGCUUUCCCAAAUUGCGAAUGAACUGUGCGCAUCAUUAGCCAAACCUACGCUGGAGUUGAUUGACAUUCUAAUUGAAGCGUUGAUGUACCCUCGAGGCAACGGAAACUCGCUCAUGGACUGGACGCUUGACGCCGAAAAUCACUCCGUACUUGCAGAGAAACAUCAGUACGUUCACGAAGAUUUAGGUUAUGGGUGUAUUUUAGAAUUGGUUCAUGCGAGACAACUGCUGGCUAAGCUAAACACAAGGAUGCCCACGCCAUCGCCAGACUUUACAGUUACUCUACUAACGAUAUCGGAAGAAAUACAUGACGUGCUGGUGCAUCUUUUGGCGCAUCUGAAGGGCCAGGCAAAUCGUUCUACGGAAUCAGACCUUUACAAAAACAUUGUACGAGAAAACUUACCGCAUUUUCGCCACUCCUUCUGUAACUUCAACACUUUGGACAACAUUUUACGUCAGUUGCGGGAAUUCUCUGAAAAUACAAGUAGCAGCAAUGGUGAGGGUUUCCAAAUCGCUCCUAAAACCAUGGAAAGCAUCAAAACGUUCUCUUCCGACAACUCGCAUUGGUUUGAAGAGCUGAUGCUGGGGUCGCAGGCGCUGAGAGAAUAUCUGCUUUUGCAAGACUACCAUACAGACUAUCUUGAUAGAAUCAAUACUUCUAGUAUACCAAGAGGCAUUUCUUCCGAAAUUCAUUCAUCAGAUUUUGGUAUUUUCCUGCAAGUGAGAAAGUCCAAGCUCAAGAUUUCUCAUCGUAAGGUGUUUUAA